GGUAGCAAUCGCAUACGCGGCUUUCUCUCGUUUGCUCGAUGAAAGCGGCUGAGAUACGUACUCGAGCGGAGAAACCGGAGGAGAUCUGGUUCGCGAGAAAUCGUAACGGUCGGGGAUCGAUUUCGCGACGCUCGCCGCAGUGUACGUGAGAACCCGGGGCACCGACGGUGUGGAUUCGAAAGGGUUUUGGACCACGUCCCUGUUUCCGAUCGAUCGUCGCAGAAGGGUGACUGGUCGGGCGAACGAUCCGUUGCCAAAAUCGGCCAGAUCGUCGUCGCGGUGCGGCCGUUCUGGCAGCCGUCCACCCGUAGGCCGCCACGAAAAAGUUCGCCCGCGGGCAAGAAGGUCGCGGCACCGGGCGUAUUUCGGUAAAAAAACUGUCGUCGAAGGCCGACGAAGGUGCUUUCACGAGGUGGCGGAGUCGUCCACCAGCGGUGAAACUCGCCCGUACUAUUUAUAAAGCGCGUGUGCGUCCUCGUGGCAACACGCGCGUCCGAUCUUCGCCGCUAACGGUUGCCUAUCAUGGUCGGCCCGCGUGCAAACCAAACUGACCGGAACUUUCCUCCGCUUUCUUACCCUCCUUACUGUUGCGUUGUGCCCGAUUCCGCGCUAGAGCACGAGACGCUCCGAUUUAUCGCGCCAGUAGUCUACGUCAAUCUCCAACGGAUGCACCGGUCCACCCGAACCUGGUUACUCCGAAGCCCAGUCGAAGCAGAGGAAUCAUAAUGUCGGAGACGGAAGAUAUUCGAGCCGUAGUGGAGAACAAUGAUUUUCAUAAUAUCAUCGAGGAGGAGAGCGGGAGGUCCAGUUCCGUGGAUUAUUUAGACGGCUACGUCGACACCCCGAAGCAAACCGCGAGAAGCUUCUCCGUGGAGAGCAACGAGGAGAUCAGGGAGAGGGAACAGUCGUUUAUAGAGAACCAGAAGAAGAUCGAAACGGAGAGGAAAGAAGCCACGCAACCAGCGGCGUCGCCGACGACGGGAACAGAGGCGUCCGGCGAGGACGGUGCCUCGCGACGCGAGCAGACGGUGACGAGGGUAGGGACGGCAGGUAGCACCGAUGGACGCAACGAGAACGCGCCAGUCGGUGAGUGGAAUUCGUUGCCGGUACUGGUAGAGCGUCUACGGGCGGCUGUCGAGCUAUCCCUAGCCCAGGGUAGCCGUCGCGACGACGAGCCGCCGGCGCUGCCCGAGGAUUCCGGCGUCGACUCCGAGGAGGACUUCCGGAUACGGACGUCCAUGGAACGCGUGCUCGGCGACUGCAAGGAACCCGAGCUCAGGAAAGACUUGAAAUUCUUGGAGGAUCUUCUGUUGUCGGACAUACAAACGGCUCUGUCGAGGCUUCGCGAGACCUUGGAGCGAACCGACGUAGCGGCGCUCGCGAAGAACGGCGCCGCGUCCGAUCCCACCAGCAAGCUUCACCUUCUGCGUUUGGUGUCGAGUUUGUUGUCGAGGCUGCAGGUGCCCGAGCAGGAGAAAACGCCGGAGAAAACGGUCCUACCGUCCAUGUCGUUGAGUCGAAGGCGUCGCGGGACCAGGCACACCAUCGGUGUAUCCACGGAAGAAUUAGCGCGCGCCAGGAAGUGGCUGGAGGAGGAGAAGAGCAGCUUGCCCCUGGAACAGAGGGAACAACAGCCCGCCAAUGUACCAACUACGGACAGGAAACCAGAGGAGAUACGCGACAAGUGCGUGAAAGACGCGAUCAACCAGCGACAGUUGCUGGAGGACAAGAAUAAAGAGAUUCGCGAUAGCUACCGUGGUAUCCAGCAGCCGGACGCCGUAGAGGUAAAACCGAACGCGGAGCCUAGCAUGCUCCAGGCUCAAUAUCGAGCGAACAGUUAUCAGUCGAAGGAGAAGAACGAAAACGUCGCUGAGGAGAGCGAGGAGAGGAGUCGCGUGAGCAAAUUAGCGGCCGCGCUCAGGCAACGCGCCGAAUUGGCAACAGCCACCGGAAGGUACGGCGGGAACAAGUUCAGCGCGAAGAAAUCGAAGAUCAAACGCGCGAACACAAUAGACAUACCCAGCUACUUGAAGCUCCAGGAGAGUCUCGGCCACGAGAGCACCGGUUGCGUUUCACUGAGAAGACCCAUAAACGUGGGGGACAAGGCGCUGAACGCUGCCUCGAUCGUGCCCACCUUUCAGCCGAAAACGGAGAACGAUAGGAAAUUCUUAGCUUUGAUCAACAAGAACAACGAGGCGCCGUCAGUCGCGCCUGUAGCGCCGUUUAAACCGUUCGGUUACGCCAAGAUCACGGACAUGUCGUCGCUGGCCAACAAACACUGGAACAGUCGGUUCUCCAACAUCAAGACGACCUUCGACAAAUCGUCCCCCAACGAGGAAAGGGAGAACAGACCGUCGUUGAAGGCUCGCGCGAACAAAUGGUUCUCAGGGUCGCCACAAACGCAAACGCAAACGCAAACUUAUUGUUCCCCGGGUGAUAAAGCGUCCGAGUCGAGCUCGAAUUACGGCGGCCCUAUGGUGAAAACGGAAGCAUCCGGUGGUUUCCGGCAUGCCCCGUCCUCGCCCUUCCGUAAGAUAGAAAAACAGACGCCGGUGUCGCCGUCCAAGGUGCCCACCUCCUAUCACUGGCCAAAGAACGUGCCGGCGCCCACGAGCACUCUGCGCGAGAAAGCCAGGAUGAUGUUCGACAGAGACGUGCAACAGCCACCCUCGAAACCCAGACCGAACGUGGACUACAACGAGAAGCCCAGUUUCCCUCGUCCGCCUUGGAUCGACCACGACAGGGGCGAGAACAGAGGGAACAGCACUGUGACGGAGAACGGGAAGAUCGAUUACCGAUCGUUCUGCAAACAGUUCGCUCCGUUCGUAGGCAAAUGUACCGCGGAGACCAAGAAGAUCGAGGAACGUACGCGAGAUUUAACCAAGCGAGACAGAAACUCCGGGGUGGUGGAUGGCAAGAUCUCGUUCAAAGUGCAGACCCAGCAGUACCCACCCGUGGAAAAGAGCGCGUUCCAAGUGCCGAAGGGUGGACGAUACGGUGAGAAGGAUACCUCGAAGGCGGUGUUUCCCGACGCGACUCUGCGCGGCAGUUCCUCGGUGGCGAUCCAAACGGGCAUCAACGACGAGCACCAGGACGAGGGACGGUCGUUCCGGGUGGCCCCGAAGAUCACCAAGGGUCCUACCCUGUCCUGCAGCAACGCUUCCGUUCAAACCACCAGCGACCUGGAGAGACCGACGAUAUCGGUCAGCGACGCGGAAACCGGGCAGCAAUGGAGGCCUCUGCGCUACGAGGGGUCCGAAAACGGGUCAGACGAGACCAGUCUGAUCCACCGUCCGGAUCCUCAACGUUUCGUGCUGGACCAUAAUCAAAAUUACCAUAGCGUACCCAGCGAUUCGAACCUCCAUCGAGUCGAACUUGAAACGCAAGUUGAAAAUCCUACAGACGACGAUCCAAGUCUCGAGAUCGACCGGAAGGAGGACUAUUCUUUCGUAUCCCCGAGUCUGACCGAGGACCCGGGCUUCCUGGACGACCAGAACAUCCAGAACCAGGACAUCAGUCCCGACGUCGGGGUGGUGACGCGCUACACCUGCGCGAUCGCCACCGUCGCGUCCUCCGUCGACAGUCCAGAACCGCGUUCCGAGGAAGUGGCGGUGGACUCGCGAACGUCAUCGUCCCCGUCGCCCUCGCAGUUCUCGUGGUCCAAGUCCAGACCGGCGACCAGCGAGACCGCGACGCCCGAGGACGACAUACGCAGGCACAACUUGCUGCAACAGAGCCUCGUGCGUCGUCUGCAGAACGAGAUCACGUCCCUGAACGACGAGCAGCCCCCCCAACGCUUCCCCCAAAGUCUCGAGCAGCCCCCCAGCUACAGCCACCACGCUAACUUCGCUCAGAGUCAUCAGCAGAGCCUCAACUCUAGCUACCAACCCGCGAACUUCGACCAGCCAUCGAGUUCUCAAGGACCAAAUCGAUUCGCCAAGUUCUUGGCUCCGGUUCCUCAAAGGAAACCGGAACCGCAACGGGCCCACUCGCCGGGUCCAGGACCAGUCACCGCCAACAGGGUGAACGCGCUCAGGGACGCCUACGAGCAAGUACCGACCACGCAGACGAAACCAGUCCACAAGGAACGCAGCCCGAUAUCGAACGGAGCAACGCCCAUCGACUCCAGCGAGGAGUACCUCGUCUCGUGCGCCACCAAGCCCUCGAGGUCCAUCGUCCUGUCCAAGUCGGAGUCCUGGCACCAGCUGGCCAUCUCCAACAGCUAUCCCCGAGCUCCACGCGUCAACGUGCCAGCCGCGACGCCUUCCAAACAUUUCUCCCACACGAAGCCACCCAAGCCCAAGUCGCCCUCGUCGCAGAGGCUUCGAUCGAAGCAGUUCGAGGCCUCCUCCAUGGCCGACAGCGUGAAGAAGAUGGAGGAUAAGAUCAGACAAUACUUCGACAGCCCCGGCGACACCGUAGAGACGAGGGAUCAUCACUCGAAACACAGGCGUUCGCCGAAGACCAUGAGCAAAGGAAUGGUCGGGCUGUCCCGUAGUCGCACGAUGCCCGGUAUAUCCGACGAGAAGCUGCGUCUGACGAUACCGGCGCCCCAACAAACGCCUCUGCUGAACGUGAACACCGCGGACGUCGACAAAGUAUUCGACGAUCUGUUCGAGGAGGCCACGAGGACCGAUGGCCGCCAUUGUUGACCGGCUGGAUCCUCCUCUUCAUCUCCUCGAGGGAAUUACACCUUGGCUGGGGGACUGUUCUGUUGCUCUCCGUGUCCAGCCGGUUGCUCCGCGAUAGAAGGACUGUUUCACCGUUCUGAUUCCCUUCUCCUCGGUAUCGCGUUUCGCGUGUAGUUUCGAUCGGUCGUCGCGACCCCCUCCGGAGUGCCAUUAGAUGUUAGAAAAUAAUAGAGCGAAAGGGAGACCGACGCGAGUCGUUGGGAAGCGACGCAACGAGGGGGACGGGAACCCGGGAGGCGUCGCAAAACGGAUGGCUUCGAGGUGCGCGAGAACGCAAGAGCCGCGAACGGAAAGACAAACGGAAGCGCGACGGUAGUCGACGUUUAACGAGGAUCGUCGCUCAUCGAGGAAAACAAGAACUGAAUGCACCGAUCGUUGUUCGGCCAUCAAAAAAGCAAACU